UGUAUUUUAUCUCCUAAAGCCUCUAAAAGUUAUGUCCUCUUCCAUUUAGUUGGUAGACAAUGCAAUGUGUGAGGAGGGGUUCCAGGUAGACGUUGCUUUAUUUAUGGAGCCAUAAGCCAAAAACGUCCACUAGUCUAUCUAUUUUUGGCAAGGUGACACCUUGUCUGGCACUCACGUGUGUCUACACAAACUUGGGCGCAGACUGAGGAUAUACAUCCCAGGUAGUAGGCUAUAAACCCAUACUAGGUUAUAUUUGUACAGGCUGAGAAGUUGGAAGUGAGGUAUCCUCUCCUUAGAGCAUAGAAAUAAUAGCUUUCUUUAAGGGAGUCUUGAAUGGCAUCUAGUAAAUCAUGUCUCCAACAGACCAGAAGCAAAGCGGAGGACAGAUUGAAAAAUUGCAACAUGAUAUAGGACAGGGGGGAGGCUACAUGGAUUGGUGGACUUCGUUGGCAGCAAGUAUUGCCCUGCUCUGGAUUUUCUGCUUUAUAGACGGCAACGCCGUGCUUGAGCUGCGGCUGCUCUUCCAUGCUCUGACCAAAGCUGCUUGUCACCUGUACCUGGCCCUGCUCCCGCUGCGCCGAGCCGCCACGCACUUCGCCGACUGCGCGAGGUACCUGAUCAACAAUGCCCAGCAAACCCCAUCUCCCCACGGCUACCACCACCAAGGCCAGCCCCUGGCCAGGAAAGGCACGCUGCACUUCCUGGAGGGCAUGUGUGUGGUGUGCGAGACGGUGCCCAACCUGAUGGGCGCAGCGCUCAGCGUGGGCGCCGCCUUCUGCCACAUGCUGCAGGGAGGCUUUUACGUCCUGGCAGCCACGCUACGCACCAUCCAGAUCAACCUGUUCUCCCAAAUGAACGGCGAGAAGGAGAGAUGGGACAAAGAGCGAGUCAGAGCCAAAGAGAGCGAGAAAAAGCUAAAUUCAAAAGUGUUGGAAUACAUCUCGGUGUUCUGUCAAGACCCUGUCAGCGCUUUACGCAUCAAGGUUGACGUGCCACCUGUGUAUAGAUAAUCUCUGUCCAUGUAAAACAGUAUGCUGGGUAAUUGGCACAUAAGAGGCCUUCUUUUAACUGCUGAGGGUUACAGCUGCAGGCAAAGUGUUGAGUGAUGAAUGCCAGAUGAA